CCCGCCUCUCUCCGAAGGACCUGCGCGUGGCGCUCCCCGAGCCAUGCAGCUUUUAGCCAUGGAUCUGCGGAUGCUAUCCCGGGAGUUGUCCCUUUACCUGGAGCACCAAGUCCGGGUUGGGUUCUUCGGUUCGGGAGUGGGCUUCUCCCUGAUCCUAGGCUUCAGCGUUGCUUAUGCCUGCUUAUACCUGAGCAGCAUUGCCAAGAAGCCCCAGUUAGUGACAGGGGGUGAGAGUUUCAGCCGCUUCCUUCAGGACCACUGUCCCGUGGUGACAGAAACAUACUACCCAACGGUCUGGUGCUGGGAGAGUAGAGGACAGACACUGCUGAGACCCUUCAUCACUUCCAAGCCCCCAGUGCAGUACAGGAAUGAACUUAUUAAAACUGCAGAUGGAGGACAGAUUUCAUUGGACUGGUUUCAUAAUGAUAACAGUAAGAGUUAUAUGGAUGCCAGCACCAGACCUACCAUCUUAUUGUUACCCGGCCUCACCGGAACAAGCAAAGAAUCAUAUAUCCUUCACAUGAUCCAUCUUAGUGAAGAAUUAGGAUACAGAUGUGUGGUUUUUAACAACAGAGGAGUAGCGGGGGAGAAUCUCUUGACGCCAAGGACUUACUGUUGCGCUAACACUGAAGAUUUGGAGACAGUCAUUCACCACGUACACAGUCUGUACCCUUCUGCUCCUUUCCUCGCAGCAGGGGUUUCAAUGGGAGGAAUGCUGCUUUUAAAUUACCUGGGCAAAAUUGGGCCAAAAACUCCUUUGAAGGCAGCUGCAACUUUUUCAGUUGGUUGGAAUACUUUUGCUUGUACAGAGUCAUUGGAGAAACCACUGAACUGGCUGCUUUUCAAUUAUUACUUGACAACUUGCCUCCAGUCUUCAGUUAAUAAGCACCGGCAUAUGUUUGUUAAACAAAUUGACAUGGACCAUGUUAUGAAGGCUAAAUCCAUCAGAGAAUUUGAUACGCGAUUCACUUCGGUCAUGUUUGGAUACCGAACAAUCGAUGAUUAUUAUACCGAUGCCAGUCCAAAUCGCAGACUGAAAUCAGUAAGGAUUCCAGUGUUGUGUCUGAAUUCUGUGGAUGAUGUUUUUUCACCCAGUCAUGCUAUUCCAAUAGAAACUGCUAAGCAAAAUCCUAAUGUUGCUUUGGUCCUUACUUCUUAUGGAGGCCAUAUUGGUUUUUUGGAGGGGAUCUGGCCAAGGCAAUCCACUUACAUGGAUCGAGUCUUCAAGCAGUUUGUGCAGGCCAUGGUUGAACACGGACAUGAACUCUCUAAUAUGUAGUUCUUCGGGUGUGUUUUGUCUGAACCAACAUAUCAAAUAGCUCAGCUUAAUGUGUACAAAUCUUAACUAUUGUGUAUAAAGCAAAUAAGCCAGCAGGUGGUGAAGAGGUCCAGAAUGACAUGCAAUGCAAAAACUACUUUUGGGGGAAAUAAAACAACUAUGUAGCAAGAAAUAAAAUGUAGAUUUAGAUUGUAAUUUAUGUAGAUUUUAUUUUUAUUAUGCCUUACCAAGUAUGACCUUAAAUAAAGUAGUACAGACAUGGAAUUGCACUUAACCAUAACUAUUGUGUAAAAAAUAUUUUAAUUCCUCAGGGUUUUAAUUUAGGCUAGUUGUACUUUAAUAACAGUUAAUGGGUUUUGGUUAUUUGAAUGUAAAUUAUAAGUUGGCACAUUCCUAAGGGUAUUUAUACCUAAUGAUGAAAACUGAAAUAAGAUAAAAUACAAUAUGCUAAAUAUUUUAUGUAUUCUAACUUUAAUAAGCAAAUGCAACAAUGUUAGACUGACUUCUA